AUAAAAUAGUGUGUGUAUGGUGUUUACGCCGAUAUCUGUUUCUAGUGUUUUAACUAGUUACCAACAAACUAAAAUUGUCAAGGAGCAACAUGUAUGUGACUGUGAUUUUAAUAUCAAUACUUCUGAUUUUGAAGCAUGUCUUCUGCUCGCAGUUGUGUCGCAGCAAGCUUGGAGUUUUCCCUGAGAAUGUCUUCAACAUACACGCUUGUGGUUGGUGCUAUUAUUUUCUGUUUCCUGAGCACGCGUACACACCACACACGAGCUUUAAUAGUUUAGCCCUGAAAACAAAUCUGUCACAUACCGUCCAGCCUGACAUCAACAACAACACUUCGAUAAAUACAAUUUGUGCCACCCUUUCUAGUGACGAAUGUGAAAGAUGGCUACUUUGUUGCAAAGUGUCACGCGAGUGCUGCACGCGACAACUGAAGUCACGUGAUUCUAACAACACAUGUCCAUCUACGUGGGAUGGUUACGGUUGCUGGGACGCCAGUGCUCCAGGUGUUACAAGCCAAAUGUCCUGUCCGACCUUUCUACAGUUUUCCGUUCCAACAAGAUCAGCGCUCAAAACCUGUCAGUCAGAUGGAACGUGGCUUAAGCGUGGACCUCUUAGAUAUGAAUGGACAGACUACACACCUUGUCUCAGUUACCAGGACCUUAGGGUUUCCAUAUACAUCGGAGUUGGCUGCCAGAUUGCAAGCUUACUAUGUUUGGUGCCUUCAGUAGUCGUCUUUUGCAGUUACAAAGCUCUGAUCCGGCAGCACCGCAUUCGUCUUCACGUUAACUUCUUCGUCAGUUUCAUCGUUAGUGGCAUUCUAACCGUUAUCUGGAACCUUGCCAUAACACACGAAAAGAUCACCAGUAGCAACGUUUCCAGUACACACCUCUACAGGAACUCAGUGGAAUGCCGAUUGUUGUCCAUUUUAAAGAUUUAUUUCACGGGCACCAAUUAUAUUUGGAUGUUCUGUGAAGGACUCUACCUUUACCGCCUAAUGGUCAAUGCAUUUUCUCCACCAAAGAGACUGGUGCUAUUUUAUGUCUUUGGAUGGGGAACACCCUUGUUGUAUUCCAUAGCGUACGCGAUCAUGCGCCUAUUGGAAGCUGACGAAAGCUGCUGGGCCAAGAGUCUAGGGGAUAAGGAGUGGAUAAUAUACGCUCCAAAUUUAUUAUGUCUUCUGGUGAACGUUUACUUCCUAUGUAACAUUCUGCGUUUAUUGCUGACACAACUCCAGGUUCAUCCAAACGAGCCAAGCCAUUUCAGGAAGGCGUUAAAGGCAACCUUUGUAUUAAUACCCCUGUUUGGAGUCCAAUUGACGGUCACAGUGUACCGAAUCCCAUAUCAUCUACCGGGCGCUGUGUACUAUGAGAGGUUCUCCGACAUAAUUACAAACUUACAGGGCCUUUUCGUCGCAAUUAUAUUUUGCUUAUGUAACGUGGAGGUUAUUUCUCUGCUGAAGCGUUCAUGGCAGCAACGACAAAACAAUUUGAAACAUGAUUCCAAGAAAGCUAACUCUGCAACAAGUCUUCACGUGUUUCACUCAGUUACGUCCCGUAUUCAUUACAACGCCACUGACAAAUCAUCGCCAAGCAGAAUGCUGAUCUCAUGUAUGAAGACGGAUAAUUCGGAAGAGGCAGCUGAUCUUUGAAAGAUAUUAACACUUAUAUUAAAUUUACAGUUAUGAUGCUGUUGUGCUGCCUUAUGAAGCAUUUAUUUGAAUAUAUCAAGUAUGGACUUUAGAUGAAUUUACUAUAAAUGUGAUUAAUUUCAAAGUUUCAGUUUUAGUCUAUUAGGAAUAUUGGCAAUUAGCUGUCCAUCGUCAAACACACACAUCAGAUUUCCACACAGUAAAACAACAAAAUUAUAAGUGUAAUUUGUAGCUAAACAAAGUACAUGAAAAUAGGAAUUACGAAAAGCAACGAUAGCAAAAGUAUCUGUUCGUUUAUCGUCGGAUACCCCCGAUACACUACUACGUAUGCUUCGUUGUGUACUGUGGGCGAUUGGGCUUGGAAACUAUCGCUAUCUCAAAUAAUUCAUCGGGCAGUUUCAUUGGAUCAGCAAGGUAUCUGAUGCUUUCCCGUUCAAAAUUAAAUUCAGCCUUAAGCCGAAAGAGAGCCGGCUGCACAUUUACAGUAAAUAUAUAUUUUGACAGCAGUCUAGACCACACGGCAAUGGGAGCUACUGGCACUACAGGGUUAUUGAAGAAUAUUUGAUUAUAACAUUCAACUUCAUUUAAAGAAGUGUUGUCUCCCCAGUCUAAUGCACGUACAUUAAAGCGAUUUUUGUCAGUCAUUUGUCACACAGUAAUCAAGAAAUUUACCGGAAUUGAGUACCGUGGUUGCAGACGAUCCAGUUUGUUUUGAGAUUGCUUUACCUACUCAUUUUGAGAGAUUUCUAUAUAGUUCGACUUUUAGUACUAGCCAUACCAUACACAUAUGUAAUGCAAUCUAAAUUUUGACAAAGCAGUUCGAUAUCGUUUGUUAUCCAAGCUUUCAAUAUUAUUUAUUUUUCAACUUUGAAAUCCAUUAAUAUGUAUCAUUUUGCAGAGUUUUACAUGCUGAUUAUAAAAAUACAGUAUAUGAUUUGGAAAGAGCUUAGAUAUAAAAGUUGAAGUUGAUAAAUAGCUGAUUAUAAAUUCCCUAAAGAUCAAACACUUGGUUGAAAUUUAAUGUUGGUAUAUGAUAUAUGAAAUAACUUCGCAUACUGUACGAUGUUAAUAAUAUAUUAAAAUGAGAUGGUUUUUUUCAUAAAACGUAGCACUUCGUUGCAUUGGAAAUAUGUCUGUAUUUUAUUUAACUGUAGGAUAAUAUUAGGUAUGUCCAAAACAUUUUCUAAAUAUAAAAGAUAUAAAAUGUUUGCAUUGUUAGUAUUGUGAUUAUUAUUCAAAAUGUACAGUUCAUUGU